AUGGCGGACGCAGUGGGAGGAGCGCCAGCGGUAAAUGGCAACAUGAACGGACAACCAAGUUCCUACGCCUCAAAGUUCAACUUGGCUUCACACUUCAUUGGCGGCAAUGAGCUCAGCCAGGCUCCCNCUUCAUCAGUCAAGGAUUUUGUCGCCGCAAACGACGGACACACGGUCAUCACCAAUAGGCCUCAAUUCAAGCUCCAACAUGCUGACAGACCGUCUGUAGNNGUCCUGAUUGCAAACAACGGUAUCGCCGCCGUCAAGGAGAUCAGAUCCGUCCGAAGAUGGGCGUACGAGACCUUUGGUGACGAGCGUGCCAUCCAAUUCACCGUCAUGGCCACCCCUGAGGACUUGGCUGCCAACGCCGACUACAUCAGAAUGGCAGACAAGUACGUCGAGGNNGGUCACGCCUCCGAGAACCCCAAGCUGCCCGAGUCCCUCGCCGCAUCACCAAACAAGAUUGUCUUCAUCGGUCCUCCUGGCUCUGCCAUGAGAUCGCUCGGUGACAAGAUUUCCUCGACCAUUGUCGCACAACACGCCGGUGUACCCUGCAUCCCGUGGUCAGGAGAGGGUGUCGACCAAGUCGAGGUCGACGACAACAACAUCGUCACCGUCAGGGACGAGAUCUACGCCAAGGGUUGCGUGACCUCCGCCGAGGAGGGUCUCGUUGCAGCCAAGAAGAUCGGUUUCCCUGUCAUGGUCAAGGCCUCCGAGGGUGGUGGUGGCAAGGGUAUUCGCAAGGUCGACAACGAGGAGGAGUUCGCUGCCAUGUACAAGGCCGCUGCCAGCGAAAUCCCUGGUUCGCCCAUCUUCGUCAUGAAGCUUGCCGGCAACGCCAGACAUUUGGAGGUGCAGCUGCUGGCCGAUCAGUACGGCAACAACAUCUCGCUGUUCGGUCGUGAUUGUUCGGUACAGCGUAGACACCAGAAGAUUAUCGAGGAGGCUCCCGUCACCAUUGCCAGCUCAAAGACUUUCCAACAGAUGGAGAAGGCUGCUGUGUCGCUGGGUCGUCUGGUCGGUUACGUGUCUGCUGGUACCGUCGAGUACCUUUACUCGCACUCCGACGACAAGUUCUACUUCCUCGAGUUGAACCCUCGUCUCCAAGUCGAACAUCCCACCACCGAGAUGGUUUCGGGUGUCAACCUUCCCGCCGCCCAGCUACAAAUUGCCAUGGGUCUUCCUCUGCACCGCAUUCGCGACAUUCGUCUCCUCUACGGUGUUGACCCCCACACCUCUACCGAGAUCGAUUUCGACUUCUCCAAGGAGAGCAGCACUCUCAACCAGCGCAGACCCCAGCCCAAGGGCCACACCACUGCCUGUCGUAUCACUUCCGAGGACCCUGGUGAGGGCUUCAAGCCUUCCAGCGGUACCAUGCACGAGUUGAACUUCAGAUCCAGCGCAAACGUCUGGGGUUACUUCUCGGUCGGUGCUGCUUCCUCCAUUCACAGUUUCUCCGAUUCGCAAUUCGGUCACAUCUUCGCCUACGGCGAGAACAGACAGGCUUCGCGUAAGCAGAUGGUUGUCGCCCUCAAGGAAUUGAGCAUUCGUGGUGACUUCAGAACCACCGUCGAGUACCUCAUCAAGCUGCUCGAGACCCCUGCCUUCGAGGACAAUACCAUCACUACUGGAUGGCUCGACGAGCUGAUCUCCAAGAAGCUCACCGCCGAGCGCCCCGACCCCAUCCUGGCCGUCAUCUGCGGUGCCGUCACCAAGGCUCACAUUGCCAGCGACAUCUGCACAACCGAGUACCGUGUCAGCUUGGAGAAGGGUCAAGUCCCCUCCAAGGACGUCCUGAAGACCGUCUUCCCCAUCGAUUUCAUCUACGAUGGAUCGCGUUACAAGUUCACUGUCACUCGUUCCGGCCUCGACAGCUACACACUCUUCAUCAACGGCUCGAGAUGUUCCGUUGGCGUGAGACCUCUUUCCGACGGUGGUCUGCUCAUCCUGCUUAACGGCCGCAGUCACAAUGCCUACUGGAAGGAGGAAGUCGGUGCCACUCGUCUCAGUGUCGAUGGCAAGACUUGCCUGCUCGAGCAGGAGAACGACCCCACUCAGCUUCGCACUCCCUCGCCUGGUAAGCUUGUUAAGUUCACUAUUCAGAACGGCGAGCACGUCAAGAAGGGUCAGGCCUUCGCUGAGGUCGAAGUCAUGAAGAUGUACAUGCCUCUAAUUGCCCAAGAAGACGGUAUUGUCAACCUCAUCAAGCAGCCCGGAGCCACCCUCGAGGCUGGAGAUAUCCUUGGUAUACUCGCUCUUGACGACCCUUCCAGAGUCAAGUCGGCUCAGCCUUUCCUUGGUCAACUCCCUGAGAUGGGCCCUCCCCAAGUUUUGGGCAACAAGGCUCCUCAGCGCUUUGCCUUCCUUCAUAACAUCCUCCAGAGCAUCAUGCAAGGUUUCGACAACUCGGUCAUCAUGCAGGACACCCUGCAGGAGCUUGUCGCUGUUCUCCGCAAUCCCGAGCUGCCAUAUGGCGAGUGGAACGCUCAAGCAUCUGCUCUCCACUCUCGUAUGCCCCAGAAGCUCGAUGCUCAGUUGGAACAGAUUGUUGAGCGUGCACACAGCCGCGGCUCUGAGUUCCCUAGCAAGCAGCUCCAGAAGGCUUUCGUCCGCUUCCUCGAGGAGAACGUUGCUCCUAGCGAUGUUGACACCCUCCGCGCUGGACUUGGCCCCAUCCUUGAGGUCAUGACCAAGUUCAAUGACGGCCUCAAGGGUUACGAGUUCACUGUCAUGUCUUCGCUCUUCCAGCAAUACUACGACGUCGAGAGCCUGUUCGCUGCCAGACAGAACCGCGACGAGGAGGUCAUUCUUGCUCUCAGAGACCAGAACAAGGACAGCUUGAUCAAGGUUGUCCACACUGCUUUGUCGCACACCCGCGUCAACUCGAAGAACAACCUCAUCAUCGCCAUCCUUGACUACUAUCGCCCCAACAAGCCCGGUGCUGGUAAUGUCGCCAAGUACCUGCGUUCUUCGCUCCGCCAGCUUGCCGAGCUCGAGUCCAGACAGACCGCCAAGGUCUCAUUGAAGGCUCGCGAGCUGCUCAUCCAGUGUGCUAUGCCUUCGCUUGAGGAGCGUACCUCGCAGAUGGAGCACAUUCUCCGCUCCUCUGUUCUCGAGUCUCGCUACGGUGAGGCCGGUUGGGACCACCGUGAGCCUAGCUUCGAGAUCAUCAAGGAGGUUGUCGACUCGAAGUACACUGUGUUCGAUGUGCUCUCUCAGUUCUUCGUCCACACUGACCCUUGGGUCUCAUUGGCUGCUCUCGAGGUCUACACUCGCCGCGCUUACCGUGCCUACCAGCUCAAGACUAUUGAGUACGUUACCGAGAACGACACUCCCUACGUUCUGACUUGGGACUUCUCCCUCCGCAAGGUUGGCCAGUCUGAGUUCGGUCUGCCUAUCGAGUCAUCACACCCCUCCACCCCUGGCACUCCUGCCGGACCUGGGGGCUUCAGCCGUGUGCACUCUAUCAGCGACAUGAGCUACCUCGACGCCCGUACCAAGGACGAGCCUACCCGCAAGGGUGCAGUCAUCCCUGUCCAGUACAUCGACGAGAUCGAGGAGUACCUGUCCAAGGCCCUGGAGGUCUUCCCUCUUGCUGGCAGCCAUGGUGGCAAGCAGCGUGGUUCAAACGCUGGCUUCAUGGCCGAUCUGUCCAGACAGCGCAAGCCUGCUGCCCCCAAGAUCGACUCCACUGAUGAGCUCACCGCAGUCUGCAAUGUCGCUGUUAAGGACGCCGAGUCCCUCGACGACCCUGAGAUCCUUGCCCGUCUCGUUCCUAUCGUUAACGAGUACAAGGAGGAGCUACUCGCACGCCGCGUUCGUCGCCUGACAUUCAUCUGUGGUCACAAGGACGGCACCUACCCCGGAUACUACACUUUCCGUGGCCCCGCCUACGAGGAAGACUCUAGCAUUCGUCACAUCGAGCCUGCUCUUGCCUUCCAGCUUGAGCUCGGACGUUUGUCCAAGUUCAACAUCAAGCCCGUCUUUACCGAGAACCGUAACAUCCACAUCUAUGAGGCUGUCGGCAAGGGCGUUGAGAACGACAAGCGUUACUUCACCCGCGCUGUCGUCCGUCCCGGUCGUGUUCGCGACGACAUCUCGACUGUCGAGUACAUGAUCUCCGAAGCCGAUAGACUCAUGACCGACAUUCUUGACGCUCUGGAGAUUAUUGGCAACAACAACUCCGACUUGAACCACAUCUUCAUCAACUUCUCUCCUGUCUUCCNNCCCCUGACUCCCAGUGAGGUUGAGGAGGCUCUUGCCGGAUUCCUCGACAGAUUCGGUCGUCGUGCUUGGCGCCUCCGCGUUACUGGUGUUGAGGUUCGCAUCAUCUGCACCGACCCCACCACUGGCGAGGCCUACCCCGUUCGCGUCCUGAUCAACAACACCUCUGGUUACAUCAUCCAGGUUGAGCUGUACGCUGAGCGCAAGUCAGAGAAGGGCAAUGACUGGUACUUCCAGAGCAUUGGUGGCAGCACCAAGAUCGGCUCUAUGCACUUGCGUCCCGUGUCGACCCCCUACACUACCAAGGGUGCUCUGCAGCCCAAGCGUUACAAGGCUCACAUCAUGGGCACUCAGUACGUUUACGACUUCNCCGAGCUCUUCAGACAAGCUAUCGAGAACAGCUGGAACCAAGUCACCGCUGCCCACCCUGGUCUCAAGGAGAAGCAGCCCAUCUCAGGCGAGUGCAUCGAGUACAACGAGCUUGUUCUUGACGACACAGACAACCUUGCUGAGGUCAACCGUGACCCUGGUACCAAUACUAUCGGUAUGGUCGCAUGGCUCAUCACCGCCAAGACUCCCGAGUACCCUCGUGGCAGACGUUUCAUCAUCAUCGCCAACGACAUCACCUUCAAGAUCGGUUCAUUCGGUCCUUCGGAAGAUAGAUUCUUCCACAAGUGUACUGAGCUGGCCAGAAAGCUUGGUAUCCCCAGAAUCUACCUGUCUGCCAACUCCGGUGCCCGUAUCGGUAUGGCCGAGGAGCUCAUUCCCCACUUCUCCGUUGCAUGGAAGGAUGCAUCCAGACCUGAGGCUGGCUUCGACUACCUCUACCUGACCCCCGAGAAGAAGGCUCGCUUCGAGGAUGGUGAGCUCAAGCACGUUAUCACCAAGGAGACCACCGUCAACGGUGAGAUCAGACACGUCAUCACCACCAUUGUUGGUGCUGAGGACGGUCUUGGUGUUGAGUGUUUGAAGGGCUCUGGUCUCAUCGCUGGUGAGACAUCAAGAGCUUACGAGGACAUCUUCACCAUCACCCUCGUUACCUGCCGUUCCGUCGGUAUCGGUGCCUACCUCGUCCGUCUUGGUCAGCGCGCCAUCCAGAUUGAGGGUCAGCCCAUCAUUCUCACUGGUGCUCCUGCUAUCAACAAGCUUCUGGGUCGUGAGGUCUACACCUCCAACUUGCAGCUUGGUGGUACCCAGAUCAUGUACAAGAACGGUGUUUCUCACAUGACUGCUGGUGACGACUUCGAGGGUGUUUCGAAGAUUGUCAAGUGGAUGUCUUUCAUCCCUGACAAGAAGAACAACCCUAUCCCCAUCUCGCCCUCGACCGACUCUUGGGACCGUGACAUUACCUUCUUCCCUCCCCAGAAGCAGCCCUACGAUGUCAGAUGGCUCAUCCAUGGUAAGCAGGACGACGACGGCUUCGCCUCCGGUCUGUUCGACAAGGGCUCCUUCGAGGAGGCUCUUGGUGGCUGGGCUCGUACUGUCGUUGUUGGUCGUGCUCGCCUUGGUGGUAUCCCCGUCGGUGUCAUUGGUGUUGAGACUCGCUCUGUUGAGAACGUCACACCCGCUGACCCUGCCAACCCCGACUCGAUCGAGCAAGUCACCAACGAGGCUGGUGGUGUUUGGUACCCCAACUCAGCCUUCAAGACUGCCCAGGCUAUCAAGGACUUCAACAACGGUGAGCAAUUGCCUUUGAUGAUUCUUGCCAACUGGAGAGGUUUCUCUGGUGGUCAGCGAGAUAUGUACAACGAGGUCCUCAAGUACGGUUCAUACAUCGUCGAUGCUCUCGUCAAAUACGAGCAGCCCAUCUUCGUCUACAUUCCUCCCUUCGGAGAGCUUCGUGGUGGUUCAUGGGUAAGUUUUAAUGAAUAUUUCUCCUGUUUGUACAAGAUACUAACAUACAUUACAGNNGUCGUCGUCGAUCCUACCAUCAACCCUCAAUACAUGGAGAUGUACGCCGACGAGGAGUCUCGUGGUGGUGUUCUCGAGCCCGAGGGUAUUGUCGGUAUCAAGUUCCGCAAGGAGAAGCAGCUUGAUGUCAUGGCCCGUCUCGACCCCACAUACGGCGAGCUCAAGGCCAGAUCGGCCGACAAGUCGCUGUCUGCUGAGGAGGCCCACGAGGUCAAGGCUAAGAUGACUGAACGUGAGAAGCUUUUGUUGCCUGUGUACAUGCAGAUCUCUCUGCAGUACGCCGACUUGCACGACCGUGCAGGCCGCAUGAAGGCCAAGGACACCAUCCGCAUGCCUCUGCAAUGGCAAAACGCUCGUCGCUUCUUCUACUGGCGUCUCCGCCGUAGAUUGGACGAGGAGUACGUGCUCAAGGCCAUGGCUCUGUCGUCAUCGAAGGAGUUGGUCUCGCGCACCAAGAAUCUCCAGACCCUCGAGUCCUGGUCAGGCAUUCCUCAGUUCGGCACCGAAGACCAGCAGGUCGCCGAGUGGUACGAGAAGAACCGCCAAGACAUCUACUCCAAGAUCGAGAACCUCAAGCAGGACUCGAUCGCCUACGACGUCGCCGCCAUGCUGCGCGCCAACAAGGAGGGUGGUCUCAAGGGUAUUGCCCAGAUGCUUAGCAUGCUGCCCGUCGAGGAGAAGGAGGAGAUUCUCAAGGUUUUGUCGUCGGCAUAG